UCUGCCCACUUAUUUCCCUUCAAAAAUGUGUUUGCUUAGCUUUUUUUCUGUCAGAAAAUACUACACUUUCCCUUAGACUUUGUAUAUACUUUUAUAAGUCCAAGACUUGUCCAACAUUUUAUAAAGUAGUCCAAUACUUAAUAACAUUGACACCCCAGACAACGUUCCCUUAAGACAUGGGCUAAAAAAUAGACAUAACUCAAAAACACAUUGUUCUAACCACUUGCACUUCCUUCAAUAUUUUCCAUGUUUAAACGUUUAAACUCACUGCCCUGGCCCCUGUUUUCAGGGUGGGAAAUAUUGUUCUCGAUAGAAUAAGAUCAGAAACAAGCAUUAGGCAAUGUAAAAGCCAUGUCCUGUUUACUUUAUAGACACAGGCCUAAGGGUUAUCAUUGGUGGCCACUCACUGUCACUCAAGGACCUAGUGGGUGUUACCCAAUGUCUGUUACCAGUUUACUUCGUAGGAUUUACAAAGGUAAUUUAGUAUAACCGUGAUUGACACUGACAGUAGACAUCGACAAGCGUGAUAUACAUGCUACGAACAGAACACGGAUACACUUUAACUGUAACCGCGCAGUUUUAGAUAAAGGAGCUAAAAAAAAUUAUAAAUUGUAUUACUUCAUCGUAAACCACCGGCCGUUAUCAACCAGUGCCUUCUAUCAGGGAGUUCGUGAAGAAGUGACGACGGUUUCUACACUUUUACAUUUGGUGCCUGGACUGGUCGAGUCAUUGAGUGUCUUUAUGUGACAGUUGCGCUAUUUGCCCGUUUGCUUUCGAGAUGGCAGAAUUACCACCGCCGCAACAGUUGGUUGAUAUUGACCCGGAUUUCGAGCCGCUCUCCCGCCCCCGGUCAUGCACCUGGCCUCUGCCUCGACCGGAGUUCAUCGAAGCCGCCAGCUCGAACACAUCUUCACCGGCGCCUUCAGUCAAGCAGGAGCCUGUCGAAUACAUUAGUAACCUCAGUUUGUUAGAGGAGUCAGAGGACUACCAGGAGGAUGAGAAACGGCUCGUUUUGUGCAAUGAUUUUCAAUGCCAGGAGAAAUGCAUACACCAGCAACAACAUCAUCCACAGCAGUUACAGAAACACCCGGGUACUCUGCUGCCACACCAGCAACAGGUGCCCCCGCUCUCGUCCCCCGUCGGGUCGAAUUCGGUGGCCGCUGCCGCUGCUGCGCAGAGGAAAAGCAGCUCGUCGCGUCGGAACGCGUGGGGGAAUAUGUCCUACGCGGACCUCAUCACCAAGGCGAUAGAGAGCUCACCCGAGAAGCGACUCACCUUGUCUCAGAUCUAUGACUGGAUGGUGAAGAGCGUGCCAUAUUUUAAGGAUAAAGGAGACAGUAAUAGCUCUGCAGGUUGGAAGAACUCCAUCCGCCACAACCUGUCCCUCCACAGUCGUUUUGUUCGUGUGCAGAACGAGGGGACGGGGAAGAGCUCCUGGUGGAUGCUGAACCCCGAGGGAGGGAAGAGCGGGAAGUCCCCCCGACGUAGGGCUGCCUCCAUGGACAACAACAGCAAAUUCACCAAGAGCAGAGGACGGGCUGCAAAGAAGAAGGUUGCUCUCCAGGAUGGGGGUGCAGACAGCCCGGGAGGCUUCCAGUACUCCAAGUGGCUCGGAAGCCCCAACUCCCAUAGCCACAGCAACGACGACUUCGAGGCCUGGACCACCUUCCGGACGCGCACCAGCUCCGACGCCUCCACCCUCUCUGGCCGUCGCUCUCCCUUCCUGGAACAGGAGGUCGACCUAUCAGAGGCUGACGUCCACAUGGGCUACCCCGGAGGGGUGGGGCCUAAAAUGACAUCCAUGGCCACCCUGCCUAGCCUAUCAGAGGUGGGCCUGGCCGACUCCAUGGGUGGUCAUCACCACGGUCACCACGGAACAGAGAACGUGAUGGAUAGCCUCCUUGACAACCUCAACCUGCUGUCCCCCAAGAAUCAAACCCAGCUGGGGGUAGGCGGUGGUCCUGGGUCUGGGCCUGACUCCUCCCGGUCCUCUCCCUCCUCCAAGCUGCAGAACAGCCCUUAUAGCUCCCCCUCCAUGACCCCUCACCCCCAGCCCCAACAGCAGGACUAUAGGAAGUGCCACUACGGCCAGGCCGGGCCAGGGAUGAAUAGCCCACAUCUCUCUCCCAUCCCCAUGCAGACGCUGCAAGAGAGCAAGUCGCCAGGGUCCUUCGCACCCUUCCUGAGCCAUUACAACUGCCCUGCUGGGCUACUCAAGGAGCUGCUGACCUCUGACGUAGCCGACCCUCGUUGUGGUGGGGAGGCCAUGCCCUCCAUGGAGACUGUAGUGUCCCAGUCUGGGAGAGGAGGAGGAGGGCGGAUGCUUCCCAACUACAGCAGCCAGGUGCAGGUAGGACAGGUAGGGGGGCACGGGGGCGUGAAGAUAAUGAGUCCCCCACCUCAGCAACACCCACAGCACCCUCAGUCACAUCCUCACCCUCACCCGCGGCCCCUCCACAGCCAGGGCCCUCCCCCCUCUGGGCCCUCCAUGAACAGCUGUGGCCUGAUUCCCCUGACCAGCCUGAACCACGCCGGGGGCCCAGCCCGUCUUGCCAGCCUCAGGACACACAUCCACCAGCUACAGCAGCAGCCACGCGGUGGUGGCGGUGGUCACCCAGCCUCAGGCCACCAAAACCACAGUCCCCACCACAGCGGAGCUCCUCCACCCAGCUACGGCAGCAGUGCUAAUGGUUAUGUGAGGCCAGGUCUAGGCCACGGCCACAGCUCUGCUCAUCCCCAGGCUCACCAUCACCACCAAUAUCACAACCAUCAUCAGGAGAGGCUGCCUAGUGAUCUAGAUGACAUGUCCAUCGAGAGGUUUGAGUGUGACAUGGAGUCUGUUCUUCAUGACACGCUGAUGGACGGAGACUCGCUGGACUUCAACUUUGACCCCAUGGUAACCUCUCAGGGGUUCAGUCAGGGGGUUGGGGUGAAGACCACCACACACAGCUGGGUGUCUGGCUAGGACACACCGCUCUCAGACAGAUUUUUCACCAUUCACCACUGGCCUUUCACCCUUCGCCACUGGCUUUCAUUGAGAGAAUGGAAAGGUCUAAAGAAACCAUUGCCCCUCUCCACAGGACUAUCAUCAGCCCGUCCCAAUUCUCUCACUAUCCAUUGCAGAUCUGUAAGGUGGAAGAAAUAAUCAAUUUUGCGAAGAUCGAAGGGUAAGGGCCAAGGGGAAGGGCUAGAGAGUGAACCGGGGCUGGCUGAGACUGUGCUUGUUUGGAGGGAACGUCUCGUCUGAAGUUGGCUUUGUAAAUACAGCAGCGAUCGACUCGGCCCAAUAUCAUUCACUUCAACAGAACCUGGAAGAAGCUGGAGCCUGAUUUACAAAAAGCUAUGUUUUGUUGUGAAAUAUAUUUUCGUUUUUAUUAUGUUAUUUUCGUUUUUGGGAUCUCACAUGAUGUUUUUGCAAGUGUGUUUCUUUUUUAUGUUCAGUGUCAAAAUCACACAAGAUCAGGGCUAGUUUUAGCUCUUCAAAAACAACUGGAAUGGAGUCUGUUCUACUCUACAUUCAAGUGGGGUCAGUCCCACCCUAUCAGGGUGCUUUUCAACAAGGUUGUCAAAAAAGCAUUUGGCAUAUUAUGUAUGAAUAAAAUAGUAGGGAUGUAAAAUAUGCUACAAUACUUCAAACAUAUGUAAUGUAUACUGUGUGUAUAUUUGUGAUGAGGAAUAUUCUUACAUUUUGAUCAUAUUUCCUUUCUCUGUGUGCAUUUAAAAUUCAUUUUUCAUUGCCUCUCAUUGCCUUUCAAAUGACCAAUAUGCUAUGUUGAACCAUCUACCCAGGAACCAGUCCAGCAUAGGGAUAGCCAAAGUCACAGUGAUUCAGUGAUAGGACAAAUCAGACUAGUUCAGUGAUAAUAGAUAUAUGUAUUUUAGUGAUAGGACAAAUCAGAGAAGUGCAGCAAGUGGUUACUAACAUCUCAGGCUAUUCUUACCUCAGCUGUUCAUCACUCUUCCCUUCUCUUGCCCUUCAAGUCGCUUUCGAGUUACGAUUCCUAAUUCCAUCUACUUUUCUCUAAUCAUCAUCUAUCUAAUUGUGACAAUCACACUCUCCCAGGCCUUCAUUCACCUCGCGUCCCUGACUCCUUUUUCUCACUCCCACCAUUUCCCUCCCACUCUCCUACCCUUUUCUAACUCACCUCUCUUUGUGCCUUAUUACGCUCUCUCUCUCUCUCUCUCUCUCUCUCUCUCUCUCUCCUCUCUCUC